AGCAAAGAGAAAAAAAUGGGAAAAGCACCGGCAAUUAUCGGUGUUUGUUCGGUCAUACUGGUGGCCAUGGUGGUGGCGGUGGCGGUUGGUGUUUCACGCAGCAAAACUGGAGGCGGAAGUGACGAGCCGAUGACUUCCACGAAGGCGGUGCAAUCCAUUUGUCAGCCGACCGAUUACAAACAUGCAUGCGAAAACAGCCUCGCGGGAGCCAACACAACCGACCCCAGGGCGCUCAUUCAGGCGAGUUUCCACGCGGCAAUCCGCGAGAUAGAGAAGGUUCUCAACAACUCCGGCACCAUUCAAGACGCGGUGAAAGACCCGAUGUCUCGUCAAGCUCUCGACGACUGCAAAGAGCUGAUGGGUUACUCCAUCGACGACCUCAAAAACUCGUUCGACCAACUCGGUGCAUUCGACGUUAGCAAGCUAGACGAAUACGUCGAGAACCUCAAGAUUUGGAUGAGCGGUUCCAUCACGUAUCAACAAACAUGCUUGGACGGGUUCGUGAACGUAUCGACCGAGGCCGGUGAGAAAAUGAGAAAACUAUUGAACACUUCACAGAUGCUCACUAGCAACAGCUUAGCCAUGGUUACUGAAAUUCCUAAACUCGUAAGUGAUCUUAACAUUACGGGGUUCGCAAUCGGCGGGGCUAAACGUCGGCUAAUGGCUAAAGAUGGGUUCCCUUCGUGGGUUAGUUUUAGGCAACGGAUGUUAUUGCAACGAAAUCCGUCGCAGAUUAGACCUAAUGUCAUCGUCGCUAAAGAUGGUAGUGGCAAAUAUAAUAGCAUCAAUCAAGCGUUGAAAGAAGUCCCUAAGAACAACGCUUCCCCAUUUGUGAUACACAUUAAGGCUGGUGUUUACAAUGAACAAGUUAUUGUUGAUAAGCAUAUGUCAAAUGUCGUGUUCAUCGGAGAUGGACCGACUCGGACCACCAUCACCGGUCGUUUGAACUUUGCCGAUGGCACUUCCACGUUCAGGACUGCGACCGUUGCUGUUAUCGGUCCAAAAUUCAUGGCCAAGAACAUUGGAUUCGAGAACUCUGCGGGAGCCAUCAAGCAUCAAGCUGUGGCCAUUAAGGUCCAAAGUGAUCAAUCCAUUUUCCAUAAUUGUCAAAUGGAUGGAUACCAAGACACCCUUUACUCCCACAGUCAUCGUCAAUACUACAGGGACUGCACUGUCUCCGGUACCAUUGAUUUCGUCUUCGGCAACGCGGCUUCAGUCUACCAGAACUGCAAACUCAUCGUACGGAAGCCGCUCGACAAUCAACAAUGCAUAGUCACCGCACAAGGACGGUCAGAGCGUCGCGAGGCCACGGGCUUCGUCCUCCAGAACUGCUCCUUCACUGGGGCCCCCAACUACCUUCCGGUGAAGGAGAGAAGCAAGACGUACCUCGGCCGACCAUGGAAACAGUACUCGAGGACCAUCAUCAUGCAAUCUCAGCUAGACGACAUCGUCACGGGCGACGGAUGGAUGCCGUGGAUGGGCAACUUUGCCCUCGACACCCUAUGGUACGCAGAGUUCAACAAUCGAGGACCGGGCGCCGUCCAGACCAACAGAGUUAAAUGGAAAGGUAUCCAGAAGAUCAACGCAGUUCAAGCCCAGCAAUUCACCGCCGGUGUGUUCUUACGUGGUGCGGACUGGAUCCAGAACUCCGGGAUACCUUACAUUGCUGGCAUGAUCCCCGGUCUAUAGAGAUUCCGAACAUACUACAUAUGAAAACUAUGAAUAAUU